AUGACGACCUUUUGUUCAGGUCCAUCGUCUGGUAUUCCCAGCGUCAGUGACCUUGACGGAUACACCUUUAGAGACUACCAGUUUCCACCUCCCAACUAUCCUCCUAGCAAUGAUGACAACUUUGGCUUUGACCCGCCCUCAGAUAAACCAAUGACGAUGAAUGUGUAUCAGACGUACAGUCCCCCAAACGACUUAUCUCUGUCUGGCUGGCCCGAGUUCGAGCGCGAAUGCGAUAUCAAAGACACCGUGGAGCCUCCCAUGGAUUUGGAUGCCUUUGAUGUCGAAAAGUUCAUCUCUUCUUCGCUUCCAAGUAGCGAGACAGCUGUGGCACGUUUCGGUCAAAUGACACCUCCCCGUUCAAACUCGGCAGUUAGCUCUCACUCCCCAGGCAAAACAAUGCCCCCCAAGGCUGCGCCAGAGCGGAAAAAGAGCAAGGCUCAAGCCAAACCUACUGAAGGUGCUGCAAAGCCUGGACGGAAAAGGAAGUCGACACGGAAAGCAUCCGUUGCUUCUGACGCUUCUGAGCCACUCGAGGGAUCGAAACGAAAACAGUCAUUGGAGAAGAAUCGACUGGCUGCUGCAAAAUGUCGCAUCAAUAAAAAGGAGAAGACGGAGCUGCUACAGCGUGACUCUCACGACAAAGCAGUACAGAACUCUUAUCUAAAAGAUCAAGUCAUGCGCAUGAAGGACGAGAUUCAACAGAUGAAUGCAGUCCUCCUCGCACAUGCCAACUGUGAAGGCUGCAGGUCCCCUGAGAGCCUCCAAGCCCACCUCAGUCAACUGGGCAGUGAUUUCUUCAACCACCAGCAUAUGGACAAUGGAGUCCCGAACUUCCUCGAAUACUCUCAGAUGGGCUAUUCGCCGCUUGCUGCAGCACAAGGCAGCUUCUUCCCCAGCACCACCAGCGGAUCAAUAGUCAAUCCUCCUCUACCAGAAUUCAACCGAGGAGCAGAAUUCGAGGUGCACACCCCUCACGGCGAUUGA